GAGCAAAAUUAUAACCACCUGCUAUUAAGCGCUGCAAACCAGACACCGUCACAUGAAAAACCACGGAUGAACAGUAUCCUCACCUCUGCUACAGAGCCCUAUGAUCUGUCCUUCUCCAGAUCUUUCCAGAACCUCUCGCACCUCCCUCCAUCGUACGAGUCUGCAAUUAAGACUAAUCCAAGUAAAUAUUCUUCUCUGAAGAGAUUAACUGACAAGGAAGCAGAGGAAUAUUACUCUCGAAAGAGGCACCUUCCAGACUUAGCAGCAAGGGGGACCCUCCCUCUCAAUGUCAUCCAGUUAUCCCAGAAACAAGUCAGCCAACGGGAGCGGCCACGCCGUGUAAUGCGGGCCAUGUCCCAAGACCGAGUGUUGUCCCCAGAGAGAAUCAUGCCUGAGGACUUCAGUAUGUCUUAUGAGCAGAUCCUCUCAGAUGAACAGCUGUUGUCUACCGAACGUCUUCAUUCCCAAGACCCUCUGCUUUCUCCAGAACACUCAGGCUUUAGAGAGCAGUCCAUGUCACGAGCUUUGUCCCACUCCGAUGUAUUUGUUUCAACACCUGUCUUGGAUCGCUACCGGAUGACUAAGAUGCACUCCCAUCCCAGUGCCUCAAAUAACUUGUACAACACCUUGAGUAUGAACCAAACCUCAGCCAAACGCCAAGCAUUUGCCUCCCGGCGACACAACACAGUGGAGCAGCUGCACUAUAUCCCAGGAUACCAUCACCAUUACCGCACAGCCAGCAAGACAGAGGUGACUGUUUGA